UUUUGGCCUCUUGGUUUGGUCCAGUCAGAAUGGGAAUUAUGCCUGUAGCUUUAAGGCAGCAAAUACUUCUUGUUGGAUAAUUGUUCCAAACGUUUUACUCACAAAUCUAAACUCUCUACGGCAUUAUCAUGUAUUUUGGUGUGGUAAAUUCCACCCUAGUAUCCUGACAGUGGCACAGAAUAGCUAAGAACCGUUAAGUAAUUUUAUGUGUAUUAAAAUAUACAUGUGUAUUCUCAUUAUUUAGAAAACACUAUUUGCAUUGCCGUUCAUAAGGAAGGAAACCGUAAUGCUAAGCACAGAAGCUUGUUUAACGUGUUUUGUAAGUAACAUUUUUGUACUGCAAAUGUCUCUGCAAAGUUCAAGGUGGCCAAGUAGUAGAGGUAUCUCUGGAUCAGUUUUGCAGUGGUAAAAAAUGGCGUGUAAGCCCUGGAAGGAGACUCGCGGUGAGGUGUCUGUAUUUAGAUGUGACAGUAUUUGUACAGGCACCGGUUUGUAGCUCACUUUCACUAAGGUGCUGGUUAGUGAAAGAUCCUACUGAUUGUAGCUAGGGUGCUGAUGAGCGUGUUAUUUGUUUUUACUUAAAAUACCAGGUUGAAUGUUAUUUUCACUCACGUGAGGUUUAAUUCUAUCAGAAAUACUUUUUUGUUGCACAAGGACAGUGGCUGCUGUAGUUGCCACCAGUACAGAGGCUGUGGAGUAAGAGGGCUGUGAAACCAAGGGAUGGAGACGCUUUCCAGGCCCCACGACCGGGCCUGCACGGACAGGGUGGAGCAGGAGGAUGCACGGAGGCCGUGGUGUGCCCCGUGAGUCAGCCGACUCACUUCCCGAAACCCAAGCAAAGUCAAGUUUAAGCAGAAUCACACAGCUGGUUACUGCAGCUGCCAGAAUGGGUUACUCAGGGCUCCCUGCGGUGACACCCGCUGUUCAGGAGGCGCAGGGACAGCAGCAGUGCCUCCUGCUGCUUGUCCUUGUGAAACCCUCGGGAAGGCUGGCCCUUGGCUGGAGCAGCCAGGAGAGCUCUGGCUUUUGUUCUUCCUCAUAGCUGUGCCCUCCUGCCUGCUCAUUUCCAGUGAAUGGCUUUCUGCACGUGCGUAUACGUCCCCUUCUCUGGUGAAACUGAACUGUACCUCUCUGAGAAGGGGGAGCCCUGUUCCUUUGCCUUUGCAUAACCCAGAACUGGGCAUAAACCCUGCGGCUGGGGGCAGCUGGCCAGCUCACCCCAUCCUGCCUCGCUACAGUUCAUGUUCCAUCCUCUUCUGCUCCUGCCAGCGGGUAUUGCCGAGCCGUGAGGCACAGGUGUGUUUCCAGUGACAGGUUCGUGGAGCUCGUGGAGUUCUGACCAGGCUGGGACUACCAACAGGUCCUUUUAACCAGGGGAGGGCUCCUGCCAGGACAGAGAAUUACUUAUAGUAAGCGUAUUUUCAGUGGUUUUCAGUUUGUUUUGUAAGAAUGCAGUGUAAGUGGAGUUUGUGUACAGUUUUAGUCUAGUUAUAUUGCCACUUAUUACAUGCUCGCAAUCGCUCCAUCUCCACAUCUUUCUCACCUGGCUGCUUACCAGGUGUCAGCAACCUGGCUCGCUGUGAGUGAAAUGGGUUCCUGAGAAAAGCAGGUGUGUUUCCAGUUCGGGAGCAGCUGGUUCUGGCACACGGCUUUUCCCUGGCCGAGAAUGCCACAGCUUUUGCCUUUUUUCUUCCUCUUCUUGUUAGGUCCUUGGAAAUGCGCACCAGUGUGGAACAGGUGUUGGCAGAUUCCUCUUCAUCACAAGGUUAGACAUUGCCUGUGGAAAACUAACAAUAGCCACAAGAUGAGGGUGAGACUAGUGUGGAGCAGGAGCGAGUUCUUGGAGACAGGGACAAGUUAAUUUAGGGUGAAGGAGGGAUUAGGUCAGCUUUUUAAAUAACUUGUUUCUGCGUCUUGCUUUGGGACCCUGCAUUGUUCAGGUAGGGUGCAAGGAUGUCCAAGUACUUAUCCAUCAUGAGCUACAAACUUAAUCUAAGAAAACAAGUUCUUUUAGGUGUUGCAUUCUAGCGGUGACAUGGCCAAAGGAACAAAGGGUGAGAGAACCAAUUGAAGGGGCUUUGACUUCCAAAACCCCGCUCGCUAAUGUUUACCUCUGACUGUGGAAUUUUGUGACAAAACUCCGUAGUGAAUAGAGACUGAGAGGACAGUUUUAAUUCUCCUAGCCAUGUUUUUUCUGUAGAAAACUCCUUAGGGAGCAUGGUUUGUGCAGUUUGUAUUCUAGCUCUGACAGAGGUACUUCCAAAGUGUGUCACUUUGCAUACAGUUGCUUUCACAAAGAAUAGGUGUUUUUGACUAAUUCUCAGGGGAGCUAUGCCCAUGCAAUGCACACACACGUGCACACACACACAAAUCACUACCCCCCCUGCAGCCUGCUGAGUACAAGGUCUGUCCCAGCCCCCCCACGGUGAUGUAUCAUGAUUGCACGUUACUCGGAAUUUCAGGUUUUUUCACCGCGCCGCUGUGACCGCGGCAGUCACGUCGUGCCACCAGCUUCUCAUCAGACGUGGCAGCCACAGCACACAGCCCUCGACUCCCCGGCUAAACUGCAGUGGUGAGGUCAGAAGCCAAGCAACAGCUCAGCGUGAACAUGCUGACCGUCAGAGCAAGGACACCGAUGGUCCAGUCCUGUUUUCAGCUGCAGGACUAUUGCGUAACAGUUUCAAAGCAGAUUGCUCCAAAGUGAUGUUGAGAGGAGGUUUAUAUCGCUGCUGUACUUUGGCCAAAGGUGCUUUGUAGUGUUUGUCCCUUGUGCUGUCCUGCUUCCGUCCUGCUCCUCAGCGUCUUUCUACAGCAUGAAAUUUCCACACAGCCACCUUCUGCCCCUGCAGCAAGACUGCAAGAUGACAGAGAAGAACAAGUAGCUGCAGUGCCAGAUGAACUGACUGCUGUGGCGCAUUGAGCUGCACAGGAGGGAGGAGCAGCUGUUUUCUUCUUUUUUUUGCUCUUGGCCGGAAUACUUCUAUAAAACAGUGAACAUCUAUGCAGGAGACCUGCAGUUUUGUAUUCUGGAUGCAGAGAGGCAAUUGUAAUGGCAAGAGUUGAUGAGAGUAUCAGCCUGUGACCGACAGCCUGGUUUUGAUAGAGGGAUGGCUGCACUAGACCUGCCUGGUCCAUGGAGUGUGGCCAGCAUCCUGAGGAGCUCCUGUCCCGAGUCACUGAUGGAGCAGCUGCUUCCAUGGUCCUGCUGUGCUCCAUCAUAUCAGAGUCAGGCAUUUGCAGUAAUGUGGUGUUUUUCCUCUGCUUUAAGGUUACUGUGUUUAUGACUAACAUAUCACUGGGACUUUCCUACUUGCUGCUGUUUCCCCAGCUCUUAGACAUGGGGGAAUUUGCCAUAAGCUGAAGAGUUUGAGGUUGGCUGCCUCUCCCCAGCACAACCACUGCUAGUUUCACUUGCAGUGAGCCACCCACACAGCAACAAGAAUUGCAACAGGGUAAGAAGGCCCUGGACUGCCUUCUGGGGUAGAACUUGCACACCUGGCUCAGGGUUGUAACCAGCCCCCGGUUCUUGGUGCUCUAGAGCUGCUGUGAGAGCCAGGGCUGCGCUGGCCACGCGUGGUCCCGCCGCCGUGGCCCAGCGCGGUGAGCAGCUGGCAGGCCGGGGGAGCCGCUCUGCCAGGCUCGGGCGGUGCUGCCGACACCGACCAGGGCACGUGUCUGCAGGCCCUGGGCUUGGGGGCUGCGCAGGGCGGUUCUGUGCCGGUGCUCUGCUCCCCCUGCCGAGCUGCGGCACUGCACAACCACGCAGGAUGCUCCUCCACAACAGCCAUCAAGGGCCUUGUUUCCUCCACAAGGAAAGGCAGUAGGACCCACAGUUUAGCUUGUGCUACCCAUUCCAUGGCCUCAUUCUGAGCUGUACUGGGCCCCUGCAACAGACACAUGGGUAUCGGGGAUUCUUCCCACUUCUGGUCAGGCCACCUUUCCUGUUCUCAUGACUUGCCUUAAAAUCCUCCAGCUGUGCUCCGCAGGGUGAAGGACCAACGCAUUCAGCUGCUGUCCAUAUUGUUGCUAUUUUGCAUGUUAUCCACCGGUGGUUUAGCUUCCUGCUGGUCCUAGUACAUCACUUCUAGACUUGUGCACAUGUGGAGUGGCAGGGUGAGGACUGUGGGCACUGGGCUCUGCAGAGCUGGUCACAGAGCAGCAGCAGGACCCCGGCAGCCUCCUUGCUUGAGCAAGAGCCUCGCUCCACAACCAGAGCCAUUACGGAGCACGGCGUCUCCUGGCCCCUACUUCUUGUAGGAACAACUUUCCCUGAGCUCUUCUUGCUGAGCUCUGUACGUGUUUACCAGUGCUGAUUUGGAUACAGAUACACUGAUGUGACACAGUUUCAUCGCUUCAGUCCCUGUGCUUUAGUGGAGCAAAUAACCCCAUGUUGUGGCCUUUAGCCUCAAACAAAACAAGCUGCUGCCUUCUGCCACUUUACAAUGAACUCGUAUCAGCAUCACAGCAAAGCCACAUCUUCACAGGACUAGGACUGCCCCAAGAAAGUCUCACAAAGCCUUUUGGCUUUAUGUAGAAAUACAGUUUGAAAUUUUGGAAACAUUGGUUACUUUGGUGCAAUCUGUUUCUGUGAAAAUCCUGUUUGUCUCCAACAUUAUUAAUAUACCCCGAGAUAUCACAAGGUGUUCCUCAUAACUGCCUGUUUGUCCAUCCUGCACCCCGUGAUGCCUUUUUUCCUAAAGACAUGACACAUUGCUGCCAGUGACAUGAGGAACCACCAGUCGUGUUAGCACUGCAUGUUCUGCAGAUGUUCUGCGCUGCGUGCAGCUGGAGGCAGCUCCUGCUUGGAAAGGGCUCCCACUGGCAGAGGGUGAAGGUGGCUGCUGUGCUUUUCACCCCAUUGAAACACAGGCACACUCCAUUGCUGUACGCAGCCCCAGGUGUGGGAGACCUGCUGUGAAACUUGUGGCCAGGCAGUGUGGGUGGGAAUGCUGAUAUUUGACAGCUGUGGUGAAACAAAGCUCCAAGCUCAGGUGAGGCUCUUGCUGUAAAUAGCUGUAUGCCAGCAGCAGGGUUCUGGUCUUGCUGCAUCUGUGCGGGCAGAGAUCUGGGGACAAGCUCUAGAUGGGUCUGUCAACCUGCAGGAAAGGAGCAGAGAGUGCUGCCAGCACUGCCGCCUCAGGUGAGUGCUGUGGGGACAUGUGGUGGACUUGCUUCCCUCAUGCAGGGUGAGUGCUCUUUGGAGUUACAAACACUGAAGGUGUGACCUGGGACCAGUCUGAGAAUGACUGUGAUGGGGGGGUGGAGAGGAUGAGCCACAUCAGCAGAACAGACAAGAAAAGGCUGGUGCUGGCUUUGUGAAGCUGCAGGAACCCAGCUGUGGGGCAGGGCUCUGAUAGACAUCUGGAGAGCAGUGCCUGUGGGCUAACCAGAGGGGUCUGGGCUCUCGGUAGGGUGCUGUGGGGGCUGCCUUGGGCAGAGCACGCUCUCCUGUGGGCUGAACGUGUACAGCACAGCAAGGCAUCUGGGGAGAUGCUCUGGGCAUGUUUUGCAUGGUGUGCAGAGGAGGGUGGUGGGUUUGAGCCUGAGCAGAGCUGCAAGUUUCUGUUCCAGAUGGUCGGGGUGAGUUCACAGGCACAGUCAUUCCUGUUUCUGUUUACCAGCAUGUGUCUGGUGAUUUCCUAAGAGAAGAUAAAAGCCUCUGUGUGAGCAGGACGUACAGAGUCACAGCUCUGUGAAGGUAAGCCCUUUCCUCUGGUAGGAGCCCAAGUGAUGUCCUCCUACUGCAGACUUCAUGGAGAACGGGUUCAUACUUGAUGUGUGUUGGGGAAAGCAGGAGGCUGAGCCCAGUGUUUGUGGCUACAAGGAGACAGCUGCAGAGGCAGGAGGGCAGGGUGCUGGUGUCUGUGGGUGGCACCCGGCGUUCCCAGUGACAGCACCGCGCUCCUUCUCUUCCCCGCAGCAUCCUGUGCCAGCUCACUGCCCACCAGCUGCGGGCUGUGUUGUUUUUCAACCCGCUGCUCUGCUGACUAACACCUCUGCUUUCUGCCUGUCUCAUUCAUAUUUUACCCUGUUUCCUGAGCUUUGAGGUGGUUUCUUCUAUUGCUUUCCCUUCCAGUAGAACAGUGUUACUCAUGUCUCAGCUGUUCUACUGCCAUUUUUUACUCAUUACUUAUCGUAAUGUAUGAUUAUCUUCUUCCUAAAUGUCACCAGUCAGUAGUGGUGCCUUUUACCCUAGAGUUAUACCAGGUCUGUGUCUCUGACAAUGCUGAGGGUAUUGUUUUAAUUCCAUUGUGACAGGAAGAAAACACAGAGGUAGUACUGUUUGUGUGUUAUUUUUUUUUUCCCCACAUUGUGAAGUUGAUAACUUCAAGUGCAACUAAUCCUCUCUUCUGGAGAAAGGAGUUGUCAGGGAUCUGUUUUGUUCUUCACCGUAGAGAUGUGUUGUACUUAGGCUGGCCAGCCAUGACUCCCCCAAAUCUGUAUUCUCCCACGUAGCUACCCGAGGAGCCCCGAGGUCGGGGCGGGCGCUGCGCGCUGGGCUGUGCCAGGUCUCUGCGUCUCCUCUCGCUGGGUGGUGGGUGCAGCAGGGCCAGGGGCUCUUCAGCUCAGCAGCUCUGGGGCUGCACAUGGACCCACUCGCCCUGGAUCCAGCUGCUUUGUGCCCUCUUCACUGCUGCCAUCUCCUUGGGUUAUUCCAGCUCCUUCACCUUCCUACCACCAUGCCAGGCUGUGUGCCCAGACCCCUCCAUAGUGCUGCUCCUCUUGCCCAAGGACAAAAGGAGCACACGCUGGGCUUCUAGCAGCCCUUUUUAAGGUCUGUGGAGGUGAGCUGAGCUACACUCCCUCGGUGUCAGCCUUGCACUCUGCGGAGCCCCAGCCCAGACUGCAGGCGUGAGAUGGGGUGAGAUCUCAGCUGCAGGCGUGAGAUGGGGUGGGGUGAGCCCCCAUGCAGAAGCUGGACCGCGUCCCUGUGCUCUAGGGCGGGUGCUGUGCCCUGGUCCCAGUGGCUGCUCUGGGGACGGGUGUAACCACAGUGCAGUGGUACUUGGCUGUCUCUGACCUAGUACACAUGCUAUAGUUAAGUUAACCAUUUGAUGCCUUGACACUGAUGUCUCCCCACUGCAAGGCUCUAAUGCCAUCAGCCCCACUAUGACCUUUAGAUCUAAGGCUUGUGAGUUUUAAUGUGCUCUCCCACCUUUUUCUCGUGUAAGAGAGCAGAGCAAUCCACUAAUGUUGUGUGGGUGUUUGGACCCAAAUUUGUUGCCUCCUCUGCUCACCACAUCCUUCUGUCGGCACAGUAAUACUGAUACAACGGUGACGUUCAUCACUGUAUUCCAACACGCGGCCGCCCUUGCUGGUGUGCAAGCUGGCUGUGCUCUGCCUCAGAGCCGAUGGGCUCCACCUGCUCCGGGGCUCCUGUGCGCGCAGCGGCUGCAGGAAUGGUGUAGCCAGGCCAGCCAUGGACUGUCAGAGGGCUGGGAUGGACAGCUGAGAGGACAGGGCAAGGUAAUAUCCAUGUUUUCACCAAUUUUCCCUGCUCCUAGUUUGUUACUGCUUGCUAUCUGUAACUUCACAGAAAGUCUCUCUGAUAGCUGAUGUGGCCCUUGUGCCACUGCUGUCAUCGCUGUUGACCUCUACUGGACAGCUGGAGAAUCCUUCUGUCUCCCUGUUGCCUUAGCAUUGGUAUUAGAUGGCAGUGUACAUUGAUAAUGAUUUUUUUUCAAGAAAAAAGCUGGGUUUUGCAUAUAACUGGUGGACUAAGAGGCUUCCACUUCUUUUUAUUUUUUUUUCUUGAGUGUGGUUAUUUAUUUUUUCAUGCUUGGAAAUGUCAGAUUAAAAAAAUAUAUUUAAACUGAGUUCUUAAUUGGGCUUUUAUUUUUGUGGAAGUUUCGUGUGUACAUUUCCUGGAGACACUUUCAGAUUCUGACCUUAGACUGCAUUCAUCUUUUGCAGCUUAUAGCGCCAUAUUUCCAGAUCCUUAACAAAAAUAGUAUUUGUAAAUGUCUAUGUCUGUAUUGUUCCUAUUUCUUAUUCUCUAGUAUAUUAAAAUCUUGUAGCAUAAUUUACAUGUGCACAUCUAUAUGAAUGGUUAAUCAACUUUAUCACUGUGCUUUCACACACUGUCCCCUAGGAUACUACAGGAUUUUAGCAAUGGUGUUUAGCAGCUGUACGAUGACAUCUUAUAAGAAUGAAGUAACUGUGUUUCAGAGAUGCAUUUUACCAACAGAGAAAUUGAAAUUCAGUUGUAGAAUGGACUUUCCUAACACCAGACAGGGAAUAAAUUCCUGCCUGUGCUCAUUGCCUACUGCCAUUCUUCCCACCAAGUGAAUAAACACAUGUGCAGGGUGCUGACGCAUGGGAGCAGAUGGGAAGGAUGUAACAAGUGGAGGGAUGUAGAAAAAGUGGGGGGUCUUAGUCUUAGACCAGGAUUGGGGCUUGCAGGGGGCCUGGCUGGAGGAAGCUUCAGAGCAGGGGGUGCUGCGCAUCUCUGAAGCCAUGAGCUCUUCAGCCAUCAGAGAUCGCAAAGACGCUGCUGCAGAGCUGCGUCUUCCCCAGCUCUUCUGCACACACAUCCACAUCUCACAACAACCUGGAGCGCAGCCAGGAGGCCAGACACGCGGAGCGCUGACACUUUCUGUGGUGCUCUCAGAGGCCUCAGUCCUUCCCACCCCACUAAGGUAUGAGAACUGUGUAAGAAAGAAGUGAGGGAGAUAAAUGUUGGACUAAUCUGUGGACCCUGUCAAGGGGAAGAGGUUGGACAGUAGAGUUCCAAGUGAGGAGGCAUUGUUUCCUUGCUUCACCUGUGUUAACAGAUCCUACUGCUUUUUUGGCUCAUUUUGGCUACUGUGCUCUUGGUGAGGAGGAAGCUUCCUUCUAUAUCACAAUGUUGUAUGUUAACCUCUUUCUAGUGUGUAAUGGUAGCCUCAGACAUCUCCUUAAGACAUCUCCAUAAGACUUUGGCGUGUUGCUUCAACUUUUUCCUGUUCGGUGCUUCCUGUCCUGUUGGAUUGAUGAUACCAGUCCCUGAGCAGAGGAAGGAAAAUAGGGGAGGCACUUUAAAGCAACCACAGGUCAGGCAUUAGGCUGGGUCUUAGCAAUAGGAGACUGCACUGCCAGAAGUAGUGGUAACGACAGUAGUUAUCAUACAGAGAAAAAUUGAAGAAGUGGGAUCAGAGGGGUCAAGGAAAGAUGUUUUAUCAAGGAAAUGCAUGAAGUGGAAAGAUGGGCUGGAGUGUGGGGAAAGACAGUUUUUGUCCUGCCACUUGCAGCAGGUGAGGGAGACUAGUGUGGCUGCUGGGCUCCUGGCUGCGCCUGCAGCGUGUGCUGCGCCUGCAGCUCAGCUGCUCCUGCCGCGGGGCCGGGGUGCUGCAGCUGUGAGGUGUUUGUGGCACCUCCCGAGCGAGGUUGCUGAUCUCAUCUGGACACUGUGAUGCCUUGAGAGCAAGUCUCUGAGCUCACAUGGGGCUGCAGGGGCUUUUCGGUGGCUGCUAAAUUUAUUUUGCUUUCGUUAUUUGAGUAAACCUGGGAAAUUUUUGAACACCACAAAUGUUCCUCAAGUGGGAGAAGCCUCACUGGCGUUCUCUCUGCUGAGUGACUGUGUGUUUGCUGAUGGUGGUGGGGGAGGCACGGGCACCUGAGGACCUGGGUCCUGCACCUGUGUGCCCGGUCUCUGACAGUGCUGCUCUGUUCAAUGGCAUGUGGGCUCUCCCUGCUGUCUGUGCAUCCUUGAAACUUGCUGCAAACACAAGUAUGUCCCAAAAAUAAUACCGUUAGCUUCCCCAAAGUCUUGUCCCCAGGGAGCCUAACGCAUUUCAGAAUAGCUUGAGAAAACAGUGCUGAAAUCCAUAUCAGGUAUCAAUAGCCGGUGCUCUGCAGGGACUUUAUUUUAAGUCUUUCAAUGCACAUCUGUGUGUUUCUGUAAAUGUUAAAUACUGUGACAACACAGCCUUAAUUUGAUAUGCAGCUUGAGGGCCUGGUCUUAGGCCAGAGGCUGUGGGCUGAGCAGUCAUUUGUAUGUGAUGCUAUUUCCUCAUAUAAUUGUAAGCAUCUUGUUAUCCUCUUCUCUGAAGACUUUCCUGUUCUCUUCACCAGCCUGCAUCAGUUUGGUGAAGUAAGUGCCUUACUUCAGUACCCUGAACUAGGUGCUGCACAUCAUUCUCUUCUGUGCCACAUGGGAAGCUGUAAUAUUUUUAUGUCUAGUCUGCCUUCCUGGAGUCCCUUAACUAGAUAUCCCAUGCAUAUUUAACUAUGGGUAGGCCAAAUCAACGAGUUUGUACAAAUCUUGCUCAUACAGACCCACAGUUACAUUCAGAUUCUAUCUGACUAAUUCACUCUACAGAUGUUUAUGCCACAUCACUGUUACUUCUAGUUGCAAGCUGUUUCUAGUUGCAGGAAACCAGUGAAGAAAAAAAGGAUUAGCACGUAACCCAAGUGCCUUCCUGUUGCAUGGAUGGGCUGAGGCUGCAGUCGCUCCGCUGCUUGCUGUGCACAUGGUGCUGACAAGAGCAGAGGUUCCACUGCCCUGGCUUGUGGGCAGGGCUGUGGGUCAUCCCCCCUUAGCCCAUGGAGCAGACACAUCCAGGAGAGCUGAGGACAUCCAGUCAGAACCAACAUGAGGAACAAACUGUGGCUCCAGAGUAUUUCCUUCUUCCUUUUAUUACAGUACACUACGCAGCGUGAAAACCUCACCUGCUUUGUGGACUAUGUACAGACCCUGUCCUGUAUCCUGAGAAAUGACUUGGGUGCCAGUUCGUACAACCUCACUGCAACAUGGGUUCCUGAAGAAGAUCCAGAAGAUACUGUGGCUGCUUGCAGUCUUCUGCAGUUGUCCAGGAACACCAGCCACACACAAUACAUGUGCACUGUGGACAUGACUGAACUCCUGGCAGAUUUCAAAGUCCAGGUGGAUGUUACAGAGACGGCUAAUAGGCAGCACAUGAUUUCCAAAGGCUUUUAUAUGGCAGAGAACAUCAAACCACAGCCUCCAUUCAAUCUGACCGCUGUCUUCUCAGACGGGUACAAUAUUUCUUGGGAAACCAUCUACCAGAACUCGCCUUUCUACUUUUUGAAUGAGGAGCUGGAGUAUGAGCUGCGAUAUAAGAGAAGGACCGACACCUGGGAGACUCAAAAGACAAAAGCUGUCCAUGAAGAUAAACGGAUGCUGGUGAUCCUGCUAUGGGAACUCCAGCCGAACACUGAGUAUGAGUUCCAAGUGAGGGCCAGACCCCGAGAAGACACAGGCUACCGUGGAUUUUGGAGUGAAUGGAGUCCUCCACUAAUGCUGAAAACCAGCCCUCGUGCAGAGACACAGACAGCAGGCAUGGGAUGGCUGCUGCUGUUUGGUGUUGUCGUGGCAAUCGUUGCUUCAAUCACAACCUUUCUGGCCAAACAGAAGAGCUUGUGGAAGAAGAUGGUUUGCAUCCCAGACCCUGCUGCCUUUUUCAAACCUCUUUACCAGGUGCAUAAUGGAGAUUUCAAGAAGUGGGUUGGUGCAUCCCAUAUGAAAAUGACCCUUGAUUUCUUUGACUGGGGAAUAGUCCUUCCAGAAGUCCUAGAAGUUUACACCGCACAUCCUUCUACCAGCACCUCACAGGAGGAGCUCCGUGAGCUGAGGAAAGAUCCGCCCUGCAAGCCCUGUGUGUCCUGCCUGACUGCCCCAGGCCAGGACAGCCAGUCCCUGCUGUCCAGUGUGAACGGCAGCGCUGGGACGCCAGACCAGUCGUACGGGCAUUUGUCCAUUGAUACUGUGACUGUGGCUGGUGAGUUUACACCUUGUGACUGUCAGUGCAACUGUGACCGUGUGUACAAGGGACAUGAGCGUACCAGCGAGGAGGAUAGUGCUGGAGAAACUGGUUACCCCAAGGUUAACAUUGAUGAUGAAGACACAAAGAUACUUGGUGACUUGCAUCUGGCAGACCUGAGCACACAGGACAAAAUACUUGCUUCAGGUUCUGUGUCCACUGACCACCCGAGGAGUACAAGUGUCCCAGCCCACCAGCAAGUAGGAAGGGCUUUGGAAGGAGGGAUAGGCAGCAUCCUAGAAGCACUUUGCUUGCAGCCUGAUCAGUGGGAUUUGGAAAACCCAGGUUCUCUACCUUCUCCUGAUGGUGAAAGUGUUUCCUACAGUGAAGGCUCCUAUGACUUCUUCCCUCACAUUGCAAUGCCUGGUGACAGUUACCCAAUGAUCUGCGUAGACUUGGACACUAUUGACAGUGGCUUUGUGGACUCAGACUGUGGGAGUCCCGUAGACUGUGAAUUUGAGCAAAACAGUCAGAGCAACUGUGGGUCUGUCCCUCUGGAGCAGGAGGGGGGUGAAUUUCCACGGAGCUACGUGAAGCAGUGGGUCUCCUGUCGCUCUGACAGCCCUGCCGAUGGGACACAGACCAACUAAGGGCUUGAUGUUGCCUUGCAGAGUGUAGGGCCUUUUCUAUACUGUGCUGUGAGCAAAAUGUUCAAAUUCAGAUGAGAAACAAAGUUCACUUUGUGUAAGCUCUGUUGCAUACAUCUGGAAACUGUAAGGUCCAUAGAAAUAUAUGCCUAUUUCUAUUGCUACUUAUCCUGUUAAUGUCUCAAACUUGAUGUGUUGUGGGUUUUUUUUACAUCCUAGGUCAAACCUCCUUAUAAUGGCAGAAAAAGCAACUGUACCUUGACAAUUACCCUUUAGCUUAUGUAGAUGUGCACAUUUUUUUUUAACAGUGACCUUAUAAAGAGUACAGAACUUUAAAUUAUUUUCCCUGAUAUUUUUGCAUGACUUGAGAGUUUGGAUGUACAUGGAACCUUGGAAGUGUAAUGCAUAGCAAGCGUGUUUGUUACAUUAAAGUUCCCUACCCUUUCCAAACAACA